UAUCCGUGACCACCUUUAUUUAUCGUUGGCUGUAUUUGGUUUUUAAGCUGGGAAAGUAAAUUGAGAAAUUGGGUUUAGGUAUUUCAUUGGAGGAUAAACGUAGUGUAAACCUUUUAUAAAACAGACAAAAAAUGUCAGUGGAAACACAUUGCGAAGAAUUCCGAAAAUAUUUGGAGAAAGGCGGUGUCAUGGAAACUUUCACGAGAAUACUCGUAUCACUUUACGAAGAAAAGGAACGUCCAGCCCAACCUUUGGAUUACAUAAAAAACAAGAUGAGAAUUGUGUCCCCUGAAUCCACCGAAAUUGAAGCAUUAAAAAACGAACUGCAGGCAGCUUUGGCUACUGUGGAGACACUGACAGCUGAAAAUAGAUCGUUGAAGGAAGAUAACUCAGACCUGAGGAACAGGAUGUCUCAGCUGGAAGCACAAGUUCCCAAAACUGAUGGAGAAACAUCAUCACUUAGCCAUAAUUGAUCUAAUGUAAGAUAAUGUAAGUGCUGUGAUAAUAUAUUUAAUUUACCAGAAAGUGACAGUGUUCAUUUACCGAAAAAUAUUUUUGGAAAGAGUUUUUGUACAUCAUAGUAUUGUAUAAUGGUCCAUGGUAAGAAAUAAGAAACAGUGAUAAAAAUAUUGUGUUUGUGUAAUUUAUUGCAUUAGUCAUGCACAGAUACAUUCUAUAAUGUGUUAAUACACACAAAGUGAGUCUUAAUUUUAUGCGUGUUGAGCUUUUGACUGACAAAAAUCUAUAUUAUUGGCAAAUUAUGACAGUUCACUUCCCCUUUCUGCUCCCAAUGAUAUGCUACUAAUGUCUUAUUGUUAUAAGAGGAAUUGAAUUGUCUUUUCGUUGUUUGUCAUUGUGUAUGAAAGCACUGUGUAAACUAACUGUUGUUAAUAAAUUACUUUCUGUUUAAUGUUUCAAGUGAUAUAUAUUAGUGUUUGAAACUGUAUUGUAAUAGAUGGAAACAUAUUCACAUGAUCAGUUUGGCAAAGUUUAUUCACACCAACUUUUUUUCUGUUCACGGUUUUCGUGGCUUUGGUGCAUUUCUUGUAAUACUUCUGGUGUGAAAAUGCAAUGCAGUUAAUGUGUAACUAGCUUUACAAAGUGUAUACACUCUGAAGAGAGUCCUUUGAAAAUUUAUAUGUGCAAGAAAAAAGAAUGCAAAAGUUGUAGAAGUUUUAGGCACUAAUAGAAGUACUUACAAAGGGAGCAGCAUCUGCUGUGAGUGAAGUUACAUUAAAAAUUAUUCUGCAAGUCUGCAAGCAUUCCUCAUGUUCUGAUAUUAUUAUUAUAUAGCUAAGAAAGCUAUAAUGUUGUUGCUAUUUAUUUUGUUUUUAACUCUGUCAUUUUCAUGUUAGAAUUCGGACAUAUUCAGAAAUGGUUGUCUGUUGAAGAGAAAGAUUUAUUUUCUUGGAACCACCAGCACUUUUUCAUAUUCUUGCAGUAAUGCUUGACCUAUGACAAUAAUAGUCCACAGUACAUUAUAGUUCAUUAAAUUGACAAAUAUAAAUUUUGUAUUCAAAUUUAUGUAGCAUUGUUAACGCUGUAUAUGAAGAAAUAUGUCUAAGUGCAUUAAAUUAUAUGUUUAUGA